AUGAAGUCGCCUCUGCUCGGACGCCUGUGCCUCGUCCUGCCCUGGGUGCUGAUGCUACUGCUGGUGGCGGACAUUGACUCUGGAAGACGGUCGCUGCGAGCUUCGGGGCGCCGCCGAGAGCACGGGCAACCGGCAGUCAGCAACGCCUCGCUGCCCACCAUCUAUGCCAUCACUCCCACCUACAGCCGGCCGGUGCAGAAAGCCGAGCUGACGCGCCUGGCCAACACCUUCCGCCAGCUAGAGCACUUCCACUGGGUGCUGGUGGAGGACGCUUCCUUUCGCAGCCGCCUGGUCGCCGACCUGCUCGCCAACUCCGGGGUACACUCUUAUACCCAGCUGCAUGUCUCCACCCAGCGCAGGUACAAGCGGGCCGGCAUGCCGCGGGCCACCGAGCAGCGGAAUGAGGGGCUGCGCUGGCUCCGCAAGAAUCUGUCCCUGCAAAACUCCGGCGUGGUCUUCUUCGCUGACGAUGACAACACCUACAGCCUCGAACUCUUCCAGGAGAUGCGUUUCACCAAAAAGGUGGCUGUCUGGCCAGUGGGAUUGGCUGGGGGCCGUCGGUAUGAGCGGCCACUGGUGGAACAAGGCCACGUGGUGGGCUGGUAUACAGGCUGGAGACCGGACAGACCCUUUGCCAUCGAUAUGGCAGGAUUUGCUGUGAAUUUGAAAGUUAUUCUAUCAAACCGUAAAGCCGUCUUCAGACGGGGUGGAUCACAGCCUGGCAUGCAGGAAUCAGACUUUCUGAAACAAAUCACAACUGUCCAAGAACUUGAGCCAAAAGCUGCUAACUGCACUAAGGUGCUUGUUUGGCAUACACGGACUGAAAAGGCCAACCUUGCUUUUGAGCCGAAGCAAAACCAGGAUAUAAUUCACAUUGAAGUAUAGAAUCCAGGGAGCUCAGACACCUUGGUAAUACCUUCAGCUAAAUCAGUUUGCACUAACAAUGUGUUAGUUUGUUAAAUAUUUACUUGGGACACUUUUUAAAAGCAAAACAGUUCACAACAUCAGUUUUAAAGUUUUCAUAGCUGUGUCUUUGCAUGUUUGUAGUACAGUGCUCAUUUCAAUAAAAGGCGUACCACAAACAAAUGAAGUCUCUCUUACACAUGUAGUUAUACAUUUUAUACCUGCAUGUCCAAUUUAUAGAGAUUAUAGUGGGGUAGUAUGCUGCAUUACAGCUCUAAUGAUGAGUUUGAUUCACAUAUCCAGCCUGUGUGGAGUUUCCAUGUUGUGAUCUUGGUUUUGCCUGGUUCCUUUGGCUUCCUCCCACAACCCCAAAGACAUACAGGUUGGUAGCCACUGUAAAUUACCCCUGGAGGAGCUGACAGAAAUGUGGUGGGAACAGAUUACAGAGAACCACUGAGAGCUGGCAUGGCCUUGCUAGACAUUAAGCUGAACUGCCACUUUCAAUGUCGUAAGUAAAUGACUACAUCCACCUUUCUUUAAUGUAAACCAAAUGUAUUCAACUUGAGCAACGUUCUGAACUUGGAUCAGUUUUAACUGCUCUCUCACUGAGGACACAAUGGUAAUUACAAAGGCAAAUGAAAUCAAUGCUCUCAGACCAGGAUAGUAAAUAAUUCCACAAGACAAAUGGUGCACAAUAGAUAGUGGUUUAAUUGAUUUAAUACAGGUAAAUAACAUUUGUUAUACUAGGCACCAUAAAAUGUAAACACAGCCGCAGUAAUAAACCUGGAUGUAGCUCUGGGAAAAUUCAAUGUCUUGAGAAGUGCUUUGGUGCUUUAAAUUGGUAACCCUUCAUUUUAAGUAUCUAUUACAAAGCAGCAGUUAAUAUUUAACAAAGCUAUAAUGCUCAGCUUCAAAAGAAAUCAUUCCUAUUGCAACAGAUGUUUAAACACUAUCAUAUAGCAUCAAUAUUUUUAAAAACAGUAUCAAUCAUUUGCAAAUUGGGACUUUAAAAAAAAUGGUGCUCCAGAAUUUGAAAUCUGUGCCCAUUAUCCUGGGAUCCUCUGCCUUUCAAAGAUGAGCAUCAAAUUACAGGCUGGUGAGCUCAAAUAGAAUUUCUGCCCUGAAGUAUUUGUUGCCGCAUCAUUAUCUGUCACAUAAGGCUUACGUCCUUGAAGACCCUCAUUUAGGUUACUGUGCCGAAAAAGGGAUCAUAAAACAAGGAAUAAAAUACUGUAAA